GGUCCUCCCUCCCUCCACUUUCCCUGCCAACACCACCAUAAACGGGGCAACUUUACUUUUCCCUCCUCCCACAUAAACAACUCCUCCGAAACAUCUCCAAAAUUCCUCCUUAAACCUUCACAAAUCAUACGCUCUCACACAGAGUCAUACCAGAGGACUCGCUAUAACAGUCUCUUCUAUCUUCAUCACCCUUUGACAGGCUCUGCCGUCUCCAACAACUCUAUCUCUGCUCGAUACCGAGAGAGAGAGUAAAGCUAUACUAUAUAGCUCCCUCGCCGUCUCGCCGUCGCUGCUCGACCACAAACAACAAAAUCCACCCCACGACCUUCAACAUGUCUUCUGCUCCCUACCCAGUCAUCGGCUCUACUGAGGGCUUGACCACAGGCUCAAACGCCGGCAACACCUUCACCAACGGUGCCGACGCCUACAACACCACCACAAAGCGUUCCUCCAAGAAGAACGUCAAGGAAACUUUCACUGAGGGUCCCGUCGCCGAAAACGUCAAAGCCGAAGCAACCAAGACCUCCGCCGAGCUGUCCGCCCUCUCCGCCUCGCGCCAGACGCCCUCUACGCGCACCGCCACCGGCCAACCCCUCACGCACUACCACUCCUUCUUCGGCUCUCUCUUCAGCUGGGAGAACCCCCGCGCGUCGGCCCUCGCCUACGCCGCGACUGUGGUUUUCAUCUUCGCAGCGCGCUACUUGGAUCUCCUCCGCUAUGGACUGAAGUUGACGUGGAUGGCGCUCGGUGUUACCGUCGCUGCGGAGGUGGCGGGGCGCGCGCUGUUCAAUGCGGGAUUCACGGCACAGAUUAGGCCGAGGAAGUAUUAUACCGUUCCCAAGUCUACGUUGGAUUCGAUGACUGGUGACCUGGACGAGCUGAUCAACUUCUUCGUUAUCGAGUCGCAGCGCCUCUUGUUCGCAGAGAACGUCCUCGCCUCCGGCGCCGCUCUUUUGUCCGCAUUCAUCUCCUACCACCUCGUUAAGAUCGUCCCCCUCUGGGGCCUCGCUCUCAUCGGCACCUCAGUCCUCUUCCUCGGCCCCCUGGUGUACACCACCAACAAGGCCCUCAUCGACGGACAAAUCGAGCAGCUCUCCCAGAUUGUCAACGCCCAGACCACCCAGGUUCGUCAGAUGGCCAGCCAGCACGCUAGCAACGCCGCUGCCACCACCAAGAUGUACGUCGGCGACUACUCAGCCAAGGCACAGGAGAUUAUCGGACGCGCGCGCAGCUCCUCCCCAGCAGACAGGAAGUCCGUCGAGCCGUCCGUCACAACUGGUGUCACCGCCUCUAAGGUCCCAUCUACCUCCUCUUUCUCCCCGGCUGCUACUUCCACCAAGAAGUCCAAGUCCAAGUCCGCCAUCCCAGCCGCCGACUCCUUCCCCAAGGUCCCGGAGACUGACUCUUUCGCCCCCUCCACCACCACCUCUUCUAUCCCAGUCGACACCACCACCACCAUCCCCACCACCACCCUACCAACUUACACCAUCCCCCCACCCGGCGCGGCGAUGAAGACUGAGGGUCUCGCAUCCUCAGCUGCGGACGCGGCGGCGGAUCUGCGCUUUGAUGAUUUCCCGUCUGCGCCGAAGAAGGUGGUUGAUGUUGGUGAGGACGGCCUUGCGAGGGAGGGCGUGCCGAGUGUUGGGGGUUUGGCGGCGGGGUUGAGGGAGGAGGAGCUUCUUUCUUAGAGUUGAGAGUUUGUGUGGAUGAUUGUGAGGGUGAGUGGUGAUGGGGGGGUGUUGUAAGAAGAGAAGGGUGUAUGCUUAUAUCUUUUGUCCGCGCUGCUUUGACGACCUUUUUUAACGUUUCUUUUCCCACACGACGAAAAAUCGGACGGAGGAGGAUGGAUGGAUGGGGUUGAGUUAUUCUUUCCAAUGAGUGGACGGACCGACGGACGGGCUUAAUUCUCUCUGCUCGGUGUGUGCGUGCUGGUUGCUGGUUGCUUUCAUUUGUUGCUGCUCUUAGGUGGCUAGUGUAGCUGGGUACAGUGGGAAGGAAGGGGAUGGGGAUUGGGGGUUUCUAGAUUGGAAGGGGG